AUGAAUGCUGGUCUGUUCUUCUUGUUCUCGCAUACUAUGUUCUUCUGAAUUAUAUUUUUUACGUCUCUAGAUUGUUUGAGAUAUCGAUUUUCGCAUUUUAGCCAUGAACAACGAAGAUGACGACGUUUAUGAGGAGGACGACUACGAGCCGUCAGAUGCGACCCUUUUGUUCGCGGAUGAAGUGAAUCGCGAGUUCAAGAAGGCGUUUCCGUUGAAAGCAGAAACGGAGAAGAAGAGACAGCAGGAGAUCUUCAGAAGACACGCUCCUCCGAUGGCUCGCAAGCUCAACUUCGAUCAGACGCUUUCGCCAGAGAGUUAGUUUAGACACGUUCUAUUGAAAAACAUGCUGUUUUUCAGUGACACCUUCCGGUAGAAUGUCUCGCCUCAUUGAGCUAAAGUUGAAGAACUCUGAAAAAGAAAACGACCGACUCAAAACGCAGCUGAAGGGCGUUCAGCAAGAAAUCGAGCGUGCGAGGCAGAUGACAGUGAGCAAGGACCAGAAACUGACAGAACAGAUGGAGGAGCUCGAUCGCUGCCGAGAGCAAAUUCGAGAUUUGCAAGAGCAGAAGGCGGUAUUGCUAGAGGAGAACAACUCAACAAUCCGCGAGUGCAAUGACUCUGUCGACAUUUGGACUGCGUUCGGAAAGAAAUACUACAUCUGGCAUGCAAUCGCGAGCGCUCAAUUGGAAGCGGUCAAGCUGUAUGUGGACGCCAAUGGAAGCUUCGAAGACGAGGAAGAAGUGGCCAGGUUAAAUUCGAUCGCGCGUCAGAUGUUCAUGGCGACGCAGCAAAUCGAUUUUGACGACGACUUCGCGAAGGAGUUCGGGAACGGAAGUCUUCUCGCUUACGAUGGAGUCGAGUUCAACACGAGGACGCCCGAAGCAGCACGCGAGGCGGCUCGUGCGGACGUUUCCAGUGCCAACUUCACUCUUCCACGUAAGUCAGUUGAUAUUCUCUGUCCGCCUCAAUAACUUAAUUGCAGAGUCCAAUCAAACAGUGCUCGAUGAGACGAACACGACUCUGGCAGAAGAUCGCACAAUGAUGACCGAUGGGCGUCCAGCAAGCCGGCUACUGAUCGAUUAUGAGAAGGACGAAAAGAUUCAGCGUCUUCUGCUCGAGAACAGUGUUCUCAAGGAUCGUCUGAACGUGUCGAUUGGUCGAGCUGAAAAGUCGAUGCUGAUGGAGGAGAAAAAUCGCAAUCUCGAAUCCGAGAAGGAUUUUCUUCAAAAACAAUUAGACAGCAGUUUUGUGAGUUGAAGAACAUGUUUGAAAAAAAUUAGUCAAUCGUCUGAUUUAUAGACCGAGAUUCAAUCGUUGCGUAUCGGACAACAACGGGAGUUGUUCAAGGUUGAUGAGUCGGCAGAAAUCGACAGUUCUGCCAAACAACUGAAGCUGAUCGACCGAAUCACUCAGCUCAUCACGCAGAACAAUCAGCUCGAGAAGGAUUUCGCGGCGGCCACGUCGAGAAUGACACAAAUGGUGCGGAGUAGUGCUGACUGCGAGCGACGCAACGAACGGCUCGAGGAUGCGUUCGCGAACGAGCGCGAGAGAAGUCAAAUGCUCGAGGCGGAGAAGGCUGAGUUGGUGACGAGUUUAAAGGCGAGCAGCACUCAAAUCAGAGAGCUCGAGGAAAAACUGGGACAGAUGCACACAGAACUGCAAGAGGCUCUCAACAAAACGGUCACGGUUGCACCGUCCCAACCGCCACAAGCGGCAGCUCCAACUGAUGCCGGAAACACCACGCAGAUCUUCCACAUGGCCUCAAAUCCGUUGCAAGCAGCGUAUGCCGAGUUCCAGGAAGCUGAGAGCAGAAAGAGAAAGAUGGUAGACGCGCCGGAGGGAGACACGACCGCCAAGCACUUUCGCGAGGAGCAGAUAGCCGAUCUCGAAGAACGUAUCGAUAUUUGCGAGCGGGAGAAGAAGGUCCUCGAGGACAGCUACAAUCUGCACAAAGAACUUUCCAGCAAAUUCCGCCAAGUGUGUCUCGCACUGACUGGAUUGCAGAUAAAGCUGAAAGACGCAGACGAGGGAAUCAUCACUGUGCAGAGCGAGUACGAGGCAGGAUCUGAGCGACAGUUCGUCUUUAAAUACUUCUACGGCACUUCUCGCGUUGACAUGCUCGAUGUGAACUCCGAAUCGACGACCGAAAUGCUUCGUAAAUGGGAGCCGCUCAUGAAAAAGUAUGAGCACGUUGUAUCUAUCUUAAGUUGCUCAUUAAUUUUUUCAGGUACAUUGGCGAGCGCAACUCGAUCCCGGCUUUUCUCGCCGCAAUGACACUUCAGCUGGAGAAGGAGCGCGAUUUCGAUGCGACGAUGCUCGAGCGGACGCACACCUUCAGUGUUCUUCAUGAAGAUUGA